AUGGCGCCUCCGCUCUGCGACCACUUCUGGAAUACACAUGCACCCCUUUCGUCUAGAUGGUGUCCAUGGGAUAGAUACACACAGCAAGGGUUUGAUUCGUCUUAUUCAGAUUAUGGUAUUCUGGAUGAUCUCUUACCAUUCCAGUUUGCAGAAGAUAAAUCACUACCCUCAGUUUAUUCUUCAUCUGCUUUAUGUGAUAAUCAAUUCAAUGAUACCUAUCUAUUCAUUGAGCAAAAGAAUGUGAAUGCAUAUGGCGAACAGGCAAGUUAA